UUCCUGCCCUUUCUCUCUCUCCGCACCAACACAGUCUUUCGUUGCCAGUCCUCGGACACCUUACAUUCCUUCAGCCUCACCACGCUCGCUCUUCGAGUAUCCCAUUCAUUCAUUUGCGCAAACUGUGUCUUGCAGCCAACUUGAUAACCCGCGGAAUUGAUCUUUCGCCCUUUUACACGAACCCUCCUUGCCGACUCGAAUAAGCCCGUAUAACCCUCGGAGAUAUCUGAUAACCCAACCCAAACCUAUCUAUCAAAAUGAAGUCCUCCAUCGCCGCCGUCGGCCUUCUGGCCUCGCUCGCCAGCGCUUCCGCCUAUCAGCCCCGUCACUUCCACUGGCGCCGCGACAACACCACCGCUCCCGCCGGCUACACCACCCUUACCGUCGAGGUCACCGAGGUCGCUACCGUCACAUCGUGCGCCCCUACUGUCACCAACUGCCCUGCCCGCAGCGCUACCCUCUCCGCCUCUGACCUUUCCACCUACAUCGUCACCAACACUGUUGUCUUGACCGAGGUCGUCUGCCCCGUCACUGAGGCCGCCAGCAUCUCCAAGUCCCUCGUCGACCAGCACUCCACCGGCGGUCUGCCUGGCUACACCCGCACCGCUCCCGUCAUCACCACCCCCUCCGCUUCCGUCCCUCUGUCCACCGGCGGUGCCACCAACUCUGCUCAGGACCCUGCCGUGACCAGCCCGCCCACCGCAGGUAACGAUGAUGACGAGGAAGAGGAGGACGAUGACUGCCCGGCUGAGGAUGGCGAUGUCGUGACUACCGUCACCCAGAUCAUCACCACCAAGACCCUCACCAUGACCGUCGGCAAGGGCUCUACCGCUUCUGUCGUCACCACCGCUAUCCCUACCACCGUUGAGUCUACCAUCCUCAUCACCAAGCCCUACAGCGAGGGUGCCUCCAAGCCUGUUGGCUCCGCCACCGGCCUUGUCGGCAGCGACGAGCCUACCACCACCACGACCGCCACCUCCACCGCCACCCGCACCGUCACCGUCAAGCGUCCCGGUUCCACCGAGGCCGCUUCUCCCAGCUCCGGCACUGGUCUGGGCUCUGACGGCGAGUGCUCUUGCCCCGCCGUGACCGUCACCGUCCCUGCUUCCACUGUCUACGUUACCAUCGGUGGCUCCGCCCCCGCUCCUACCGGCGCCGAGCCCAGCAAGACCGCCAGCGCCCAGGUUCCCGUCACCACCGGUGAUGUUGACGCCGAUGGCGACGACAGCGAUGACGAGGAGGACUACGACUGCCCCGCCGACGAGGAGGUUGUCACCCUCUCUACUACCGUCACCGUUGCGCCCUACCCUACCAACGGCACCGCCUCCAGCGGCGCCGCCAAGCCUACUGGCUACUACAAGCGCUCCAACAAGCUCUUUUAAGUGUUUGGAUGUAGAUUCCCCCCGCAUGUCAAGUCUGUCUUUGGUUAUGAGAAGAAUCUAUGAUUCAUGAACAAACACAUUUUUAUCCUUCGCCGUUUUGUCUUGUAUACAUACACACUUCUUGGAGUGGAAAAUAAAGCGAUGUUUUUUUGUGUACAAACAAACAAAUCCGAACCUAAGGGGGGGAAUGCAACACAAAACUCGUCUUUAUGCUUCCAGUUCUGCCCGCUUUACUGUUGGUGCGGUGUUCUGUUUUAGACGGGAAAAGGGAAAGGGCACUCCGGCACAUGGCGAGUCCAUGAGGAGUGUUCGUCUGGUCCGAGCCGUGUUUUUUACUUCUUGUUCUUGGAUUUUCACAACGGCAUUGCAUUCGCGUAGCGGGCCGUUGGGGGGUACCAAACAUUUUCCGCCGUGGUUGGCAGAGAGGAAACAAACAUCCAGAAAACUUGUUCACUUCUUUUUUGUAUAUACUUUUUCGAGACUCAACACAAAUGGGGAUGAGGUUUGGUGACUUGUGGUCCCCUUGAUGAAUGAGACGGGUUUUUUUGGUUUGAAACAUUCCAAAGCUUAUUUCAACUUCCCUUUGGACCUGGACUGCUUUUGAAACAU